GUCAAACAAAAGUUCGGGAUCAACGUACUCUGAUAUUUGUGACAUGUUCAAGGGGCUUCUUCGGUACUUUAACAAAGUUGAAAAUCGACACAGAUGAUAUCAAACACUGUAUUUGCACUGACGUGCAUGACCAGAACGCACCCCUCCACAAUAAAGCUGUCGUCGAAGAUUGACAGAAGAAAGGCUGGGAGGUAUUCGGAGGGAACUUGAUAUUCGCCUUUAAUAAUUUCGUCAAGGUAUCGGAGCCCAUCAACCUUAAUCCACAUGUCUGGCCUCGAAGUGGCCGGUGUCGUCCUCGGCACUUUUCCACUCAUCAUCGACGGUGGGAAGCUAGUGCGGGGUUAUCUUCAGAUGACAAAGUUCUGGUGGAAGUUUUCAUCACAAUUCCCCGACUUUAUCUCUGCCGUCGAAGAUGAACUCAUUGCAUUUCGACAGAACGUGGAGCUUCUUCUACGACCUUUGGCCUUGGAUGCCGCCACAGAGUCAGACCUCUUGAACAACGCGCAUUCGAGAGGAUGGCACGAUUCAAAGCUCCGAUCGAUGCUGAAGGCUCGACUUGGCAGAGAAAAGUUGGUGUGGUUCAUGGAAAAGCUUCGCCGUCUGAACCAAAUUCUGGAAGAGAUUUGUAUUCUGUUGAUGCCCAUACAAGACGGAAAGAUUCACAUCCCACGUUCGGGGACUGUUGAUUUUGCAAUUCUGAGACUGGCUGUUAGCUUCACAAAAAAGCGGGAUCUGAUGAAAGAAGUAACCACGAUAAACACACAAAUCAGCCGAUUUCUCGAGGCGGACCUUCGUAUAGCGCAAGCCACAUUGCUUGCGCCAGCUAUCAUGGGCAAGGAGGAGUGGAAGGCAUGUCUAGCUGCCACGGCUCCUUAUCUUGACAUGCAGUCUAAGACGGCUCAGCUCUACAGGGCUUUUCGACCUGAAAGUUGGCAUUGCAGGUGUCAAACUCUUCAUCCGUGUGGGAUAGCUACGGUCUGGUUUGAUCACCACGCAAAACAGCCAGGAAGGGGGGCUAUCAACCUGUUUCUGGGUUCAAAUGAGCCACCAAACAUGCCUGUGGAAGUAGGCGUCGAAGUCUCUGCUGGAGUGGACUCUACCUGUGACGGGAGCGGCAAUGCUGAGCCCUUGUUCGAUCAGGUGGCAGACCUAACCGCUCGUAUACGGCUGGAUGCCGGGUUCGAGAUGCAUGUCAAGGCAGGGGAACAGCAGAAUUCCACGGUGCUCGCACUCUCAAGCUUCCAAACCGCGGUAAAUCCACGUCAAUCCAUCAUAGACCCCAUCUGGAUGCCUAGGAAAACGGCAAAGCUCGCAAAACCAGAUUCGGCACAACGCCAUGCAGUACCCAAACUUCCUGAGGCAGCAUCGCCUGUCCCAAAGAAGCUCCGGGUUGGUUGCAACCUCCUGAAAAAUCCCAUAUCUGUGCUGGAGCAACAUGGAGACACCAUUCACUGUGAGGACAACACAAUCACUCUAAGUGCUAAACGACAACAUCCAAGUGAGACAGGGUCCUCGUUAAAGUCAAGUAUACAAACACUAGUGGACUUUCGCAAGUCAGCCUCCCUUCUUCUCAGCGAGCGUAUUCGCAUAGGCAUCAAGCUUGCGUACACCAUUCUCGGACUGGGAACAUCCGCCUGGAUCCCCCAAGCCUGGGAUGAUCGCGAUGUCCAGGUUGUCAGAAAUGCACCCCCCAUGGUUUACUUCCACCACACUUCUAUCCGCUCGGCACUGGAGCGACAAGUGGCCAACGCCAGAGAACACGCACAGAUGACUAUUUUCACACUUGGAACGACUCUCCUCCAGCUCCUCUUUCAGGAACGCAUCGAAGACCAACCCUACUACAAAGCUCACUGUAACUCCGAUGGGUCGGCGAAUGAUUGGACACAUUGGCGGGCGGCGCAGGAGUGGCAGGAGGAGGUGGAAAUGACACAUGGGCCGGAGCUGGCGGAUGUCACUGCGAGGUGUGUCGGUGUCAACUUUGUCGACACACCAGACCUGGGGAAAGCCGAGUUCGUUCAAGAGGUGUUGAUCUCUGUGAUCGAACCGUUGGAGAAGUACGUUAAGCAUUUUUGAGAUGGGUGUGUGAGUUUCGAUGGGCCGCUGAGCUGUCGAGGCCACCCACAACUUCAUGUGGACGUUGACUAGCUGCCUGGUAGCUACCUACCUGAACCCACAAAAGAAUGGAUCCGAGACCAACCUCUGCCAAAGCCACCCCACCCAUCACCAUGGUCCUCAGCCAGUCCAACCAGCAUCUUUCCAUAUACCAAACCCCUCAGCAACCCAAAGCGGACAGGACCAAGUACCCCAAAACCUCAAGAUUCACUAUCGGCGCUGACCUUGUUCAUCUCCUCCACCAGGGAGAUAUUGAACAUCAGUCAUGUUGCAAGGCAUAACGUGACCUUGGUAAACCGCUCCAUGAAAUGAAUCCUUGAAAUGGGGUCAAGAGACAGCAGGAAGCACCGACAGCCAUUCAUGAACAGGCUGAGCUAAGGUAGCAAAUAUAGUGUGGAAAACUGUAGGAGCAAUGUUGCCGGACUCGAAACAGUGAUCAAGCCAGGCGGAGUUCAUCUGAGAGGGAAAAGUUCAAAUUGUUGAAACAUUAAAUGAUGAGAUCUAUCAGGUGGUUUUGACAUUGGUAUCAAUCACGCUUACUGGGAAUCAAAUGCAUGGAUAAUAAAGAUAGGAAUUAGGUAGUCAGUGGCUUGUAACUCAUAC